CUCCACUCCUUUCCUCUACGCGCAUACUCCACCAGGGCUUCCAAUUAACUCCCCCUCUUUCUUCCGAUAAUCAACCAAUAAUUGCUUCCACCGCCAUCAGGUACUUGCCUUCGACGUCUCGAUGGCCAUCUAAGAUCCGCAUUCGCCUUUUCGUUUCAGGAUUCAAGGGUGUUUUGAUCUUCGUUAGGGUUUCGAGAGUCGGUAGCCGUGGAAGGAGCGGCAUUUUGCCUGCGGCCGCCGAUCGAUUCGGGAUUCCUCUUUCUUUCUGGCGUUCGUGGUCAAAAUCCGCUAUUGCUGGAUUUCCGUUGCGUUUACUUGUAGAAAGGUCAUCGAGGAUAGAUUUAUGCUGAAUUGAUGGUGCAACUUUAUGUAACAUUGAGCUAAUAGAUACAAGCACAAGCAUCCACUUUCUUUUAAUUGAACCUAAGUCCACUCGCAACCCGACACCUGAACUGCAACUUAACAUGUCAAGUGGACAGCCUCCGGAAUCAGCUUCUCAACAACAUUGCAAACAAGAACCUGGAAUUCCAAUCAUAUUGCAGGAAACAGUUCAGAGAUACACUCCAGUAGAUGGAGAUACUGUGGUCUUUGAGUGUCUAAAAAAGGGUCAUAAUGUUGAUGAAAUUUGUACAAACGUCUCCAAACUUCCAUGUGCCAGUGACUUGGAUCCAUCCUUUGGUUCUACAAAACGUUUAAGUGGACAAGGUUCAACCACAGAAUUGUCACAGUUGAACAAGAAUCCAAACUUGAAAGAAAUUGGAGAAGAUAUGAAGGAAAUAUUAGAGCAGCACAACACGGAUAAUCACAGAGUUUCUGUGAAAGUCAGUGAUAGCAACAGUAGUUUGAGAAAGACUAGUGCAAGCACCAAGCUUAGUGAUCAGGUUGAGAGUGGGAAAAAUAGUAUGUGCAAAGCUAGUACAAGCAGUGAUGCAAGUAAUGAAAGCAGUUGUAGUAGCAUAGGCAGUAACAUUAACAAGCCUCACAAAGCAAACGAUUCAAGGUGGGAAGCAAUCCAGGCAAUGCGUGCUAAAGAUGGAGUUCUCGGUUUAAAUCAUUUCAGGUUGCUUAAGAGAUUGGGUUCUGGAGAUAUAGGCACUGUAUAUUUGUCAGAACUGAGUGGGACCAAAUGCUGUUUCGCUAUGAAGGUUAUGGACAAAGUAUCUCUUGCUGGUCGUAAAAAGCUGCUUAGAGCACAGACAGAGAGGGAGAUAUUACAAUGCCUUGAUCACCCUUUUCUUCCUACAUUGUAUACUGACUUUGAGACUGAAAAAUAUUCUUGUUUGGUGAUGGAGUACUGUCCAGGAGGAGAUCUGCACACCCUGCGGCAGAGGCAACCAGGAAAAUGUUUUUCAGAACCAGCAGUGAGGUUUUAUGUUGCUGAAAUCCUCCUUGCUCUGGAAUAUCUGCAUAUGCUUGGUGUCAUCUAUCGUGACCUGAAGCCAGAGAAUGUCCUUGUCCGAGAAGAUGGCCACAUCAUGCUCUCAGACUUUGAUCUUUCUCUUCGUUGUACUGUUAGUCCCACCCUCAUUAAAUCAUCAAAUACUACUUAUGAGCCUAGAAGAAACAAUCAUGGCUACUGCAUCCAACCUGGUUGUGUUGAACCAUCCUGCAUCCAGCCUUCCUGUGCUGCCCCCACUACAUGUUUCUUCCCUCGGUUAUUUCCCUCCAAGUCCAAGGUGCGGAAACAGAAGCUUGAGAUUGGAAAUCAGAUCAGUCCAUUGCCUGAGCUCAUUGCAGAACCUACUGAUGCUAGAUCCAUGUCAUUUGUUGGUACUCAUGAGUACUUGGCCCCUGAGAUCAUCAAAGGUGAGGGCCAUGGAAGUGCUGUUGACUGGUGGACCUUAGGUAUCUUCCUGUAUGAGCUUUUAUUUGGAAAGACUCCUUUCAAGGGUUCAGGCAACCGUGCUACAUUGUUUAAUGUGAUUGGUCAGCCCUUGAGGUUUCCUGAGUAUCCAGUUGUGAGUUUCUCUACUAGAGAUCUCAUAAGGGGAUUACUAGUCAAAGAGCCACAGCAUCGGCUUGCUUAUAAGCGUGGGGCUACAGAGAUAAAGCAGCACCCAUUUUUUGAGGGUGUUAAUUGGGCCUUGAUUAGAUGUGCAACCCCUCCUGAUGUCCCGAAACCCAUUAAGAUUGAGCAACACAUUGGGGCAAUGGCAUCAACUAGUCAGAAUGCUAACCCUACAUCUGAGAAAGGUUCAGAUAACUAUCUGGAGUUCAAUUUCUUCUAAUGGCGUAAUCUUGACUGGUGCAAUUGCCCUUGUCGACACUACUCAAUGCAUGCUCUCGAGUUCUAAGUGGUUUUAUAAAAAUCAUGCUGGUUGUAUUUCUCUUAUUGUACCAGGUCAAACUUCUUAAGUUGCAUAUAUUAUUCAUGGUUGGUUAGAUAUUUUCCUCUACUGUUCAUUAAUCUACAAAGCUUGCACGAGACAUUUCUAUUCGGCAAUUUUCUGCUAAAUAAUAGCUACUGAGUUUCUGGAUAAAAAUUCCCAACCACCUCGUGGGGUUUGCAAAUAUCUUAUUGUUUGGCAUUAUCCAGAUUCUCUGUUUUUUGGUGGGGAGAGACUCCAAGUUGAAAUUGAAACUUAAGACACAGGACCAAGUUCAGAAAAUCAGUACAUGGACUAUGUUCAGAAUCGAAUUAAAAUCUAGUGUGCAAAAUGAAAAUUUCCCUUGUAUGCUUGUAAAACUUCUCAUUGGAUUUCGUUGCGAAUGGAGAUCCGUAUGCAAUUUAAUUUCUGUUGAGCACUUCUUAAUAGCAUUAUGUUAUAUUCUCAGCAUCUUGGAGGCAGACAGUAUAGAAUCAUUUUACUUUCCUGUUUAUGAGCUCUCAACUGAAUUAACUCGGAUUCAAACAAACCUAAGAUGGUUAAUCUACGGGGUAGGCCAACCAGCUACAUGAACAGAUUGUAAACUUCCUAUUGCCGUAAGGUGUCUGCUUUGCUUAUACUCUUUUUUUUUCUGUAAAAAAGGAUCACUAUAUUUUCCUACAGAUAUGAGUUAACAGAAGCAGAUGUUUCUCUUUUGGCCAAUGUUUUAGGUGGAACAUUAACCCUUUUGGAAGAUAUGUUGGUUUGAAGGUACAUCUUUACACUUGAUAUUUCACUUUGAUGAGUUCUUUUCCAAUUUUAAUAUUAAUAUUUGCACUAAUGCCUGCCGGCAUGUGCAUCACCAACUUAUCACCACUAUAAGAUUCAAUCUGAGUGGUCAGAGCUUCACUUCGCUUUGUAAGUUGAUCCAAGGAGACUUUGUAAUCUCCUCAGAGAUGGUUUUUCUAGAAUCUAGUAUGAUAUUAGCAGCAGUGAUUUUGCCAAUAUGUCAUGGGCACAAGGUAUAUAUAUUUUAUUUCUAAAUCAAAAGUAUGGUUUAUAUUUUUUAUUCGUGAGAAGAUAAAAAGCAUGUCUUAAAGUAAAUAACCAUAUUACUUGUGGAUGUUGAAGGUGUGACAAAAUAUCAAGGAGUGAAUCUAAAGUGUUUUUACAAGUGCGUUUAUGUUAAUAUAUUAAUUUCAUUUUAUCACUGGUAUAUGCUCGCUUUCAUAUUAACAUUUUGUGCUAGGUAUCAUUUGUGAUCUAUAGAAUUGUAUGCCUACACCUGUUUAUGCUAAUGUAUUAAUUACAUUUUCCCUCAAUAUAAAAUCCUCUAACAUCUGGAAACAACCUCUUGUAAAAAGUAGGGUAAGGUUGCGUACAAUGGAUCUUUUCCCGAGACCUCGCAUAACGGGAGCUUUGUGCACUAGGCUGUCAUUUUAUUAAAUCCUCUAACAUGCUUGCUUUCAUGUUAAUUUUUAGUGCUAGGUAUCAUCUGAAAUCUAUAAAAUUGUAGUCCUACACGUACCUACUGACAGAUAAUUGGAAAUUCCGUUUGCAUGCAAGUUAAAUCUCACUUUAAUAAUCAUAGUUAUUAAUCCAAAUUUCAAGAAAACAAUAUUUAUUAUAGGGGUAUUCUAUAAUAUUAAAAUACAGAUAAGAUAACUAAUGUCAAAUAAGCCAAUUUUUAUAUAUAUAUAAAACCAUCUAAAUUAUCCUGAGAAGACGCAAAGUUGUUAUAUAGUUUAACCAUAUGUAUUCUUGGUUUGUUGGAGGUAGAGGGAGUUUUUAGUUCUCCUUGAUGCAUUUCUUGUUAGCAGGAUAUCGAUACGUUGAAUCUGUUCAGUUGCUUGCACAUGAUGCCUGUGCUACCUUUGUUUUCCAGGUGGUGAAGCCACUCUUACAACAAAGGACAAGAAGGUACAACUCCUGCAAGGUUGUAGCAGAGAUGAAUUGUUGAAGGUAAUGGGCUACAAUUCUCUAGAGAGGCUGCAUCUGAUGACCCCUUGGGCCAUUCCUCACCAAGAGCUCUAUGAUUACAUGAAGCAACAAGCUCUAGGCCUGGAAUAUGUGACAUUCCUGAAGCAAGGAUCCUUCCAUGUAGACGUGCCACGACCGAGCGGAACUAGUCAAGAUGAUAAAGUCCAAACGAAACUGUCUGAGGCUGCUUACAGGCACACUUCAAGACAUUGGCAAGAAACAUCCAUUGAACAAAAAAACAGAUGGCAACAUAGAAACGCAGCACAUCUCUAGGGUUGUUUUUUUUCUAAUGAAUAUGUGGUGUGUGCCUAUCAUAUAGUAUAUAAAAAUGUAUUUAUUUAUUUAUUUAUUUGUCAUGAUAUAUAAUUUCUAAUGCAUUUUUUUGCUUGAAAUAAUUAGAUGUAUUCUUUAUGUACAAAAAUUGAAUCAAUCAAUCAUUUUAAUAUUUUUAAAA